UCCCGCAUUCAUUCGUUCCCGAGAACAACAAACAGAUUUCCAAAUCAGAGAGCCAACGGAAGAGAGGAAAAAAAAAAUUCCCUCCUCUCCGCCGCGCCGUGAACCAACAUCUCUCUCUCUCUCCCUCUCUGCGCCGGGAAGGAUGGCAGCGGUGGCCAGGUCCCCGUCGCCGUCGCCGGCCGCGGCGAGGCCGUGCCCCGCCAUGCGGCGGAGCGCCGACUCCAACCCCUUCAACCCCGCCGAUUGCCCGUCGCAGAGGAGCUCGGGCCCCAAGGGCGGCGCGUGCGGGUGCCACCACGCCUCAUCCUCGCCCUCGCCGCACCGGAGAUCCCUCUCCUCCUCCUCCUUCGGGGAGAAGGAGAACGAGCCGCGGGACCACGCGGUGCCGGUGCGGACCCCCAAGGCCGCGGCGCGCUCGAAGAACUUCAUGGCGCCCACCAUCUCCGCCGCGUCCAAGGCCGCCUCCCCCAGGAACAGCGGCAAGGUGCUCGGGGAGCGGAACCACGAGCCCGCGCCCCACCUCGCGCCCUUCUCCCCCGCCAACCUCGCGCACAAGCCCAAGGGCCGCCUGCGCCUCUCCUUCGACGCCUCGCUCGCCGGAGAUGACGACGCCGCGGGGGUGGAGAACUUCGUGCGCGGGGGCGGGAGCCACCACCACGCGGCGGCGGCCGAUUCGGUGGGCGCGGAUCGCCGCCUGCGCCGCUCGUUCGAGGCCCCUCCCGCCGCGCACGGCCCGCUCGCUGGAGACGACGACGACGACGCGGGGAUGGAGGAUCCCGUGCGCUUGGGCGUGGGGGUGAACCACCAGCUCGCGGCGGCCGAUCCGGUGGACGCGGAGCCGUCCCGGGCGGCUCUGUACGACCCCAAGACCAACUACACUUCGCCGAGGCCGCGGUUCCUCCACUACAAGCCCAACCCCCGCGUCGACAUCUACCGGCACGGCCGCGCUGGCGUCAGGCGCCUCGAGGACGGCUUCGCCGCCGCCUCCGAGAGCAGCGAGGAGACCGACGCCACAGCCACCACGGAGGACGACCCGCUCGCUGGAGAUGACGAACUCACGGAGGAGGAACAAGAGCAAGCACAGCAGAUUCACCUGUCCGAGCAGCAGUCAGCUCUCACCGCUCCAUCCGACGAUGCCGUCUCCGCCGAGGCUUGCGUCCUGGCGCCAGAGCCCUUGCUGGGCUCGCCGCCGCCUCCUCCUCUGCUGCUGUCAUCGGAGGCUGCUCCGGUGACGCCCGAGCCGGCUCGCGUCUCUGCACCGGACCCUAUGGCGAUUCCUCCACGAGCUCGCGCAGCACUUACGCCAGAGCCUGAGCUUGGGGUGCGAGCUCCAGAGAAGAAGGAGAAGGGAUCCGCGUUGAGGUUCCUGCUCCCCCUUGCCUUCAUGCUAUUCAUGUCUGCUGCUUCUGUGUGCGUGCUGCUGCAACCAGAUUCCCCGAUCAUGUCGAACACCGCCUUGUCGAGGGCGUCCAGCUUUCUGUCAGUUCAAGAAUCACACCCUGUGGAGUUGGCUGCUUGGCUCAAGCAAUGGUCAAGCAGUUCAUUGGAUUCGAUCACGUCUUACUGGGAGGCUCUGUCUUCUACAUCCACACAAGAACAAGACUACUUUGGUCCGCACUUUGCAGCCAACUGGAGUGCUGCAGCUGCCGAUGGUGACCAUGGUGCCGCUGAUUUCUACUACAACUUUGCUGAUGCGUGGCCAGUGCCAAGUGAAGAGCCUAUCUGCAGCGCCAAUGCCUUCACUGCAGAGCCGGAAGGUGAUGUUGUGGUGGAAGAAAGAUCUGAUGCAUCAGACUACUACGACAUGGUAGUAGAUGAGUUUGAUGUCCAAAUGUCAGAAGAAGCUCCAGGUAGCAGCUAUGGUGGUGCCAUUGUCUUGGGCGAGCAGUUGAACAUCCAGGAUGCAGUUUCUGAGUUGAUUGCAGAAUCAGACGGUGUUGCUGUAGUGGAAGAAGAAUCUGAUGCAUCAGGCUACUCCAAUGCAGUUGACGAGUUUAAUGCUGGACUAUCAGAAGCAGCUCCAGGCAGCAGCAAUGGCGAAGAGAUGGCAUCCUCCAGUCAGGAUCUGGACACCCCAUCCCAACCCACUGGGCAGCGUGAACAAGAUGUUGAGAGUGAAGAGCCCGAGGAGAACCACGGCAGUGGCAAGGAGGGCCAGGAGCCGCGUCUUGGUCUCAAGUCGGACUCGAGCACGUUGCCGGUCUACAUGGGCAGAAUCUCAAAGCCUGCAGCAGCAGCAGGUGUUGCCAUUGUCGUGGCCAUUCUUUCAGCAGGCGUUGCUGCAAUCUCCAUGAGGAAGACUCAAGCUGGGGUUGCCACAAAUGCCAAUGUGCCGGCUGAGCAGGAGCAAGCCGAGGAGGCCGAGACUCGAUCUUGUUCAGCAAGCAGUGAGGGCCACCGUCUUGUCAAAGGUUCUGUGGCAGAAGAAACUGAGCGAUUUGGUGACUCUGGUUUCUCUCAGUACAGCAGCAGCUUGUCAUCUGGCCAGGGCAGGGGGAAGAAGACCAAGGAGGAAGAGAACGUCGGCCAGGGCAGGAGGAAGAAGACGACCAAGGAGGAAGAGAACGUCGGCCUCGAGCCAGCCUCGAAGAGCGAGUCCAUGUCAUACCCCACGUCGUCCUAUGGCAGCUUCUUGGCCUUUGAGAAGAUCGCUGCCAAGAAAAAGAACAAGGAUGAUGAUGAGGUGAUGACCCCGGUCCGACGCUCCAGCAGGCUGCGGAGUGUCAAAUCACCUGACGCCGGGUCUAGUUAGUGCUCUAACUACCUACCAUUCAGGGCACCUGACUCGUAGCUGCUUGCCCAGUUCCACGCACCUUGUUAGACAGACAGACAUGUUUGAUGAUAAAAUACAGCUUUCUGCUGUUAUGUUCUACAUAUUUGACUAGUGGCUAGGAUUUGUUUUUGUGGUUUGAGAUUGCUUUUGAAACUGCAUAAGUGAUUGUGGACAGUUCCCUUGUAUUGUUCUCUGAUUGAGACCUCUGCUGUUAUGUUCAAUACAUUCGAUCUUUCUUA